AUGGAGGAAGCAAGGAAACUCCACGAGGAAGCCAAGGCGGCUGGUCGACCUUCCUCCGCCCCGCCUCCUUUGAAGCUCAUCAUUAUGAGCGCCACUCUCCGCAUCUCAGACUUCACUCUCAAUACGCGCCUCUUCGUUUUUUCUUGCUCCCUUGCCCCCCGCUUCUUCCUUUGCUCUUUUCUCCCCCAACACCCGCCUCUUCCCCCUCUCCUUGCCCCUGUCACCCCACAGAAACUGCACGACGAGGCCAAGGCCAGCGGUCGACUUUCCUCGGCUCCGCCUCCUCUGAAGCUCAUCAUUAUGAGCGCCACUUUCCGCAUCUCAGACUUCACUCUCAAUGCGCGCCUCUUCCCAGCGGGCCCUCCCCCCGUCGUCUCCGUGCCUGCCCGCCAAUUCCCCGUCACUGUUCACUUUGCCCGGCGCACCGAGCUCGUGGAUUACGUUCGGGCAGCCGAGAAAAAAGUUUCUGCUAUCCAUCGGAAGCUGCCCCCUGGGGGCGUCUUGGUGUUUCUGACCGGGCAGAGGGAGGUGGAAGACCUUUGCAGGAAGCUUCGUAAGAAGUUUCCGAUGAAGGUGGGGGGGCAGAGAAGGGGGGAAGGUGGGGAUAGAGGAAAGGGGGGGCGGGGGAGCAGCACAGGUGGGGACAGGUGGGCCAGAGGUAGGGGAACUGGGGGCAGGGAUGUAGUGAAAGGAGGAGGAAGUGGCAAGAAAAAGAGUGGGGAGGGGAAGACGGGCAAGGAGAAUAAGAGGGAAGAGGUGGAAGCAGAGGGAGGAGAGGGUGGUGCUAAGGGUGAAGAGGGAGAAGAGGCAGGAGAGUUGGGUGGUGGGGGUGCGGAGAAGCAGGGCGAGGCCGAUGCAAAUCUGGAUGCCAUUGUGCGGCUGGAGAGCAGCGGGAGAGCAGGACGGGAUGGCAAUGGGAGGGAGAGCGAGGGGGAGGCGGAAAGAGAAGGGGAGGAGGCACUGGGGGGUGUGAGGGACGGUGAGGAAGAGGAGGCGGAGUGGGAGGCAGUGGUGGAAGGGGGAGAGUAUGAGGGAGAGGAGGGGGGAGAUGACUAUGAGGAGGACGAGGAGGAGGAUGAGGAGGAGGAGUGGGAAACGUGGGGCCUGCUGGGUGCGGAGAAGGGGGAGGGUGGGGAGAAAGGCGAGGGUGGGGAGAAAGGCGAGGGUGGGGAGAAAGGCGAGGGUGGGGAGAAAGGCGAGGGUGGGGAGAUGCAGCAGGUAGGGGCAGUUGGGGAAGCUGGGGCAGGGGAGGCAGCAGCGGCAGUGGAGCAAGCGGGGCCGGGCGGCAAUGGGGAGCAGGCGGGGCCGGGCGGCAUGUAUGUGCUGCCGCUGUAUGCCAUGCUGCCGGCCGCCCAGCAGCUGAAGGUGUUCGGAGCGGUGCCUGAGGGGUGCCGCCUCGUGGUCGUCGCUACCAACGUUGCUGAGACCUCCAUUACCAUCCCAGGCAUACGCUACGUGGUGGACAGUGGGCGCGCCAAGGUGAAGCAACACACAGGGGGGGCGGGCUUGGCGCGCUUCACAGUGGAGUGGAUCUCGCGCGCCUCAGCGGACCAGCGGGCGGGCAGGGCGGGGCGAACAGGGCCGGGGCAGUGCUACAGACUUUUUUCCAGUGCGGUUUUUGCCAACCAGUUUGAGGCGUUUGGGCAGGCGGAGAUCGAGAGGACGCCCAUUGAGGGCGUGGUGCUGCAGAUGAAGGCCAUGGGCAUUGAUAAGGUGAGAGGAAGGGUGUGGGCAUUCAUAAGCCAGAAUCAGAGAGACGGGGAGGUGGGUGUGGAGGAGAAAAGGGAGGGGGAGGGGGAGAAGGUGGAGGAGGGGGAGGGGGAGGUGGGGAGGGUGAGUGCGCUGGUGGUGCGGUAUGCGAUAGCGGUGGUGGCGGCCAUGAGCGUGGAGAGUCCUUUCCUGCGCCAUGAUGACACGGGCACGGCGGGCAAAGGGGAUGAUGGGGAAGGCACGGCCAGCCACGGGGAUGCGGGGGUGAUGGGUCAGAGAGGAGAGGGGGAGGAUGGCAGGCGGGGAGGAGAGGGAGAAGCGAGGGCAGGUGUGGGUGGUGGUGGUGGCAGUGACGUGAGUAAAGAGGGUGGUGGCUGGCCGUUGAGUCGCCGGGCAGCGCAUGCGCUCUUCUGGAGUUGCAGCAGCGACGCCAUCACGGCCGCCAACGCCCUGCGAGCCUACGAUGCUGCUGUCCGCGCGGGCAAGGGGGGACAGGAGAGCAGAAGCAGCGGGGGCAAAGGGGGCGCACGGGGGUGGGGGGGAGCGGGGGAGCGGUUCUGUCAGCGGUUGUACCUGCGGGAGCGGUGCAUGAGGGAGAUGUCUCAGCUCACCCACCAGCUCUCCCGCCUGCUCCUCACAGGCACCCGCGCCCACCUCCUGCAAUCCUUCCUCUCCCACGCCCUCUCCUCCUCCUCACCCUCUGCUCCUUCCUGCCCCACUGCACCUGUGCCUCUCACUUUGCUGGUGGAGUGUGGAGAGCAGAUGUGGGCGGGGAGAGCGGGAGCCGGGGAGGGCCGGGUGGAGCCGCAGCUGAAGGAGUGGGAGGAGGGGCUGAUCCGAAGGGGCCUGGCAGCAGGCUGGCCUGACCGCCUUGCGAGAAAAAUGGCCCCAGGAGACAAACCAUCAGCUGCAGCAGGUGCUGCAGUUGCCGCUCACUCCCUGCCGAAACGUGCCGUGCGGUACGAGACACUGUUCAUGGACGAGCCAGUGCUGCUGCACCCGCGCAGCGCCACCUUCCGCUCCGCCCCGCCGCUGCUGCUCUUCAAUGAGAUCGUUCAAACCGAGUCCCACCCCUUCCUCGUCACCACCACGGCUGUCGACCCCGCCUGGCUCCCCUCCUCCUGCCCCGUGCUCUGCUCUCUCUCCAAGCCGCUCCCCGAUCCGCCGCCGCGAUACCACCCCCCCUCGGACCGCAUUCUCGCGACGGUGGCGGCUGUGUAUGGGCCUAAGCGGUGGCCUCUGCCGCAGUGCACUGUGGACUUGGAAGGCAGCAGAGAGAGGGCGGCUGUGUUCGCGUGCGCGCUGCUGCAGGGGCAGGUGGUGGGAGCGAUGAAGCAGUUACAGGGGGUGCUGGCUGGUAACCCUACGAGCUUGCUGCGGCCGGAGGGGCUAGGGCAAAGGAGAGCAGGAGAUUUGGUGCAUAGGCUGAUGGUGGGGGUGAGGGGAGGGGGAAAGGGGGCAGGGGGGAAGGGUGAGAGUGGUGGUGGGGGAGGGGGGGAUGUGAGAGGGCCCGUUGAUAGUAAGGGGAAGCUAAGGGCGGCGUGGGAGUGUGAUGGGGAGUUUCUGAGGGCGGAGGUGAGGACGUGGGUGCGGGCAGGGCAGGAGGGCGUGGUGGAUGGGUUGUGGCGAGACAUCGUGAGGGAAGUGGUUGUGGGGACGAAGAAGCAGAAACGCUGA